GCAACCUGACCCCUAGAUCAAUGGGAGAAGCCGCCGCGGGUCAGUCGUGCUGCAAGGCGCGCUACAUGUACGGUACGGGCCGCACGCUCGGGCCUGCCGCCUCCCCCCGCCAUGGUACCCGAGCUAGCCACCGCUCUGCUCGCCCUGGUGCUCUACCACAACACCUGGGACGCUGACUUCGCUUACGACGACAGCCGUGCAAUACUGAAGAACCAAGAUCUCCAGCAAGACACCCCCCUGACGGACCUCUUCUUCGACGACUUCUGGGGGACCCCCCUCACCCACAGCGGCAGCCACAAGUCCUACCGCCCCCUGUGUGUCAUCUCCUUCCGUAUCAACCACUUCUUCGGCGGACUGAACCCAUGGGGUUACCACUUCACCAACACCGUGCUACACGCGGUGGUGACUGCACUGUUUACGUACACCGCCGGGUUGUUCUUGCAAAGAACUAGCGUAAAACUGCUCGCAGGAUUGCUGUUUGCCUCUCAUCCUAUCCAUACAGAAGCAGUGGCAGGGGUUGUAGGAAGGGCGGACGUCGGAGCAUGCCUCUUUUUCCUUCUUUCAUUCCUCUCCUACACGAGAUACUGUCGGCGGAGAGACAAGACGCUGUCGAAAGAAGAGGUUGACGUGGUAAAAUGGCUGUGGCUGCUGUUCAGCGUGCUGUGCACGACAGCAAGCAUGCUGACCAAGGAGCAGGGCAUCACGGUGCUAGCUGUCAACGCAGUGUACGACGUGUUCGUAUGCAGUCGUCUACGGUUACAGGAUCUCAUUCCUGCUUUGUACAAGGAAAAACACAGGAAUGUUCGAGAAGGUAUCCUAUCGACCGUGGCUUGCGGUGUACUCCUGCUAGGAUUCCGUGUCUACUUCAUGGGAAACAAACCGCCGGAAUUUGCACCCUCGGACAACCCAGCGUCAGAUUCCGACAGCUUCUUAGCAAGAACUUUGACCUUUAACCUUUUACCCUCGCUGAACAUGUUGUUGCUUUUAUAUCCGCGGCUGCUAAGUUUUGAUUGGUCGAUGGACGCAAUCCCCCUGGUGGAAUCUGUAUGGGACGUGCGUAACCUUUGCACUGUGACCUUUUAUUUGACCUUGGCAGUAGUUGCCGUGCAUUGUAUCACAGAGAUCAGUAGAACGCCACAAGUUGAACAGAAAGCGAAAAGUAACGGCGUCGCUCACAAUGCUGUAUACGGAAACGGCAUUUCAGAACACAAACAUUCGCCAUCGUCGAGAAAACACUCGAACAAUUCGUCGGCGAGUUCGACCCACAAGGUCAACGCGAGACAUUCCACAGAGACAAGGUCGCUCCAUGUUUUGUUACUCUCGGUAGCCAUCAUGGUGUUUCCCUUCAUUCCCGCAUCGAACCUGUUUUUCUACGUCGGGUUCGUGUUAGCGGAACGUGUACUGUACAUCCCGAGCAUGGGAUUCUGUUUACUGGUCGCGGAGGGGACCCAUGUGCUGUACGAGACCGCGGGACGGGCGUGGCGGAAGGUUGUUGUCAUGGUGACGGUGAUGCUGGUUGUGGUGUACAGCGCGAGGACCGUGGUGAGGAACGAAGACUGGCACGAUGAGGAAGCGUUGUACCGGUCGGGCAUCAAAGUCAACCCAGCAAAAGCAUGGGGAAACCUGGCUAAUAUCCUGAAGACACAAGGAAACGUAGACGAGGCAGAACAGGCCUAUAGGAACGCCCUACAACACAGGGGCAACAUGGGAGAUGUGCACUACAACCUUGGGAUUUUGUUGCAGGAGGGUAAGAGAUACCAGGAGGCAAUCCAGAGUUACCAGAUGGCCAUUCAGUGUAGACCUCGACUAGCAAUGGCACAUCUUAAUCUAGGCAUAGUGCUGAGCACCCUGGGAAGAACAGAGGAGGCGGAGAAAGUUUACAGGCACGCGGCCACGUUGGACGACCAUGGCCUGAAGGACCCCAAGGCCCACGCCACGGGGGUCAUAUCAGCCAUAUACAACCUGGGGAGACUGCUACACGACCAGGGCCGAUACUCCGAGGCAAUAGACACAUAUAUGGAAGCAAUAAGAAGAAGACCCAGUCAUUAUGCACCCCAGAGUCUCUACAAUAUGUUAGGUGAGUCCCUGUUUAAGAACGGCCAGCUCGCUGAAGCAGAGGACUGGUUCAAAAAGUCGCUGACUGCCAAACCUGACCACGUGCCAGCACAUCUUACCUACGCCAAGCUCAUGGCAAAAACGAACCGUGCAGUUGAAGCAGAGCAGAUGUACCAGAAAGCAAUGGAGCUGGACUCCAACAGUGCUACAGUACAUCAACACUAUGGGCAGUACAUGGCAGAAACUGGUAGAAGUGAGGAGGCUGCAGAUAUGAUGGUUAAAGCAGUGGAACUCGGUAGUCCAGAGUUCGAAACCAUCUUCAACGCUGCCAAUGCUUUACGGCAAGCUGGCAGACAUGACGAUGCGGAGAAAUACUACAAACAAGCCACCCAGCUGAAACCUGAGGUUGCCAGUGCACAUAUGAACCUGGGAGCGAUCCUACAUCUGAACGGGAAGUAUGUCGAAGCCGAGACAAGCUACCUUAGGGCGCUGGAGCUCAAGCCUGAUGACACCAUGACCAUGCAGAAUCUGAAAAAACUGCGGACAAUUCUACACAAACAGCAGAGUAGACGUUAGACCACACAUGGGCACUAGUGCUGUGUACCGGUUUGCUGGACUGGUUCCGGACUUGUAAAGAUGUUUAGGUUCAAGUCCAAA